AUGGCUUCACCAAACUCUCCGAGACUGGUUGACUCUUUCACUGCGCCGAAGGAGGUUCUGCAAGAGUUUGCUGACCUUGCGGAAGAGGAGGAUGUUGAUCCCUUUGCGGAGACAGCGUCCAAGCGCCAGAUCGCUUCACGCCAGUCAGACUACCACAACCGUCGUUUCAAGCGUCAGGCUCACGAGAGCGAUGAUGCCUUCAAGGCGGUCGAGGAGGGGAGAGAUGUUGAAGGGGGCUACAAGGACGCCAUGAGGGUGCAGCGGCUCGAGAAGGAGGAGGAGAGGGUGCGGCGAGCCAUUGAAGAGAAGGAGAAGCAGGCACGGGAGGAAGGAAAGGCCAAGAUGGACCUCGACAAGACGCCGCCGCGCACAGAGAUCGAGGCCGCAGUAAAGGAGCUCGCGGGAAUGAAACGCAAGAGGAGGUGGGAUGUCCCUGAGCCGGAGGACAAAGAGAAUAAGGAUACGAAGGGUGGUGAGUGGUCAAAGGAAGCUCUCGAGGAGGCUGCACCUAAGAAGCGGCGUUCACGUUGGGAUGCUACCCCCGCCGACGUCAAUGCUCCUGGCGAAACACCAAAAAGGUCGCGCUGGGACCAGACACCCGUCGCUGGUGGUCAGGACGUCCCCAUGACCCCCAUCAUCAUGAACGCACCCGGUUUCAUGCAGGAGGACAAGCACAACCGUUAUCUGACUGACGAGGAGCUCGAUGCCAUUCUUCCGGCGACUGGCUAUGCGAUUGUCACACCACCCCCGGGGUAUGCUCCCCUUGUUCGUCCUCCCAAGUUCGCAACCCCCGUAACAGAAAUUGGCGGCUUCCAGAUACAGGAGGGUUCGGACGCAGCCGCUAUGGCAGCGGCGGCCGGUCUUGCUCCUGAGCUACCGACAGAGAUUCCGGGUGUCGGCAGUUUGGCUUUUUUCAAGGCGGAAGAUGCGCAGUACUUUGCGAAGAUCCUGAAGGAGGAGGACGAGACGGAGCUAUCUGUCGACGAGAUGAAGGAGCGCAAGAUCAUGCGUCUUUUGCUCAAAAUCAAGAACGGUACGCCUCCCGUUCGCAAAACCGCUCUUCGACAGAUUACCGACAAGGCUCGUGAAUUUGGUGCCGGUCCCCUGUUCGACAAGAUCCUACCGCUGCUCAUGGAACGCACCUUGGAAGAUCAAGAGCGGCAUCUACUCGUCAAGGUCAUCGACCGCGUGCUCUACAAGCUCGAUGACCUUGUGCGCCCGUAUGUCCAUAAAAUCCUUGUCGUCAUCGAGCCACUGCUCAUUGACGAAGACUACUAUGCCCGUGUUGAAGGUCGCGAGAUUAUCUCCAACCUGUCGAAGGCAGCGGGCCUUGCGCACAUGAUCUCCACUAUGCGUCCUGAUAUCGACCACGCCGACGAGUAUGUUCGUAACACGACCGCCCGUGCGUUCUCCGUCGUCGCCUCCGCCCUUGGUAUUCCUUCACUCCUCCCCUUCUUGAAGGCUGUCUGUCGCAGUAAGAAGUCUUGGCAGGCUCGACACACCGGUAUCCGUAUUGUACAACAGAUUGCUAUCAUGAUGGGCUGCGCCGUGCUCCCUCACCUCCGCAACCUUGUCGAUUGUAUCGCCCACGGACUUCAGGACGAACAACAGAAAGUGCGUACGAUGACUGCGCUCGGUCUUGCUGCCUUGGCCGAAGCAGCCGCGCCAUACGGUAUCGAGUCGUUCGACAACGUUCUUAAACCGCUCUGGGUCGGUAUCCGUCUGCACCGCGGCAAGAGUCUGGCCGCGUUUCUGAAGGCCAUCGGUUUCAUUCUGCCGUUGAUGGACCCGGAAUACGUUUCGUACUACAUCAAGGAAGUCACCAUCAUCCUCAUCCGUGAGUUUCAGACGUCGGACGAGGAGAUGAAGAAAAUCGUCCUCAAGGUCGUACAACAGUGCGCGGCCACUGAGGGUGUCACACCACAAUAUAUCAAGCAGGACAUCCUUCCAGACUUCUUCAAGUCGUUCUGGGUCCGCAGAAUGGCGCUUGACCGGAGAAACUAUCGCCAAGUCGUCGAGACGACAGUGGAGCUAGCGCAGAAGUCUGGUGUUGCGGAGAUCGUCGGCAGGAUAGUUAACGAGCUCAAGGAUGAGGCGGAGCCGUACCGUAAGAUGGUAAUGGAGACGAUUACCAAGGUCGUCGCCUCUCUCGGAGCGUCUGAUAUUGAUGAGCGACUUGAAGUUCGACUCGUCGAUGGUAUCAUCUACGCGUUCCAGGAGCAGACGACUGAGGACCAGGUGAUGUUGGACGGUUUCGGUACUGUUGUCAACGCUCUCGGUAUCCGCGUGAAGCCGUACCUCACGCAAAUCGUCUCGACCAUCUUGUGGCGUCUCAACAACAAGAGCGCCAAGGUUCGUCAGCAAGCGGCAGACCUGACGACUCGUUUGGCAGUCGUUAUCAAGCAGUGUGGCGAGGACCAGCUACUCAGCAAGCUCGGUUUGGUGCUCUUCGAACAGCUUGGUGAAGAGUACCCAGACACGCUUGGUAGUAUUAUCGCAGCUGAGGGCGCCAUCGCGAACGUUGUUGGUAUGACUCAGAUGAAUCCGCCGGUGAAGGAUCUUCUGCCUCGUAUGACUCCUAUCCUGCGUAACCGCCACGAAAAGGUGCAGGAAGCCACGAUCAACUUGAUCGGUCGUAUAGCCGAUCGUGGUGCCGAGUUCGUGCCCGCCCGAGAGUGGAUGCGUAUCUGCUUUGAGCUCCUCGACCUUCUCAAGGCGCAUAAAAAGGGUAUCCGUCGUGCAGCUGUCAACUCGUUCGGUUAUAUCGCGAAGAGCUUGGGACCACAGGAUGUCCUUCAAGUACUUCUCACAAAUUUGCGUGUCCAGGAGCGUCAGAGUCGUGUCUGCAGUACCGUUGCCAUCGCCAUCGUCGCGGAGACUUGCGGUCCCUUCACCUGUAUCCCCGCCAUCCUGAACGAAUACCGCACGGCCGAGCUCAACGUCCGAACGGGUUGUCUUAAGGCGCUCUCGUUCGUCUUCGAGUAUGUGGGCCCGCAAUCUGCGUACUACGCAGACUCUGUCGUGACAAUGUUGGAGGACGCUUUAACCGAUCGUGACCUCGUCCACCGUCAAACGGCGAGUACCAUUGUCAAGCAUCUCGCUCUGGGUGUCGCAGGUCUCGGAUGUGAAGAUUCGAUGCUUCACCUGAUGAACCUUGUGUGGCCAAACUGUUUCGAAACGUCACCUCAUGUCAUAGGCGCUGUCAUGGAAGCCGUCGAGGCCAUGCGGGUGACAUUGGGUCCCGGUGUCCUGCUCAGCUAUGUCCUACAAGGGCUGUUCCACCCAGCUAGGAAGGUCCGAGAGGUCUACUGGCGUGUCUAUAACUCGCUGUAUCUUGGUGCUGAGGAUGCUCUUGUCCCGUUCUACCCUGACCUCGGAGAGCUUAGUGAAGGGCAGAACGUGUAUGACCGUCAUCCCCUGCAAGUGUUUAUCUAG